CUCCUCCUCCCUCAAUUCCUUUCCUACCCCAUUUUCCUCUAUAUAUAUAUCACGUCCAUCAAUUACUCUUCCAAUCAUUCACAUUCCCACAAACAGGUGUUGUACCCAACUCCUCUUUUCAGUUUCUACUUCUUCCCUGAGUGCUACCAAGUGAAAGUGCCCCUUUCACUAGUAGCAAAUUUGAACAAAUACUAAAACUUUCCACCCAAUUUCAAUCCAUGGGCAGUCUUCAGAAUCAGAAACCUGACAAUGGCUUCGCCGGGACCAUCAAACCUCUGGACCCGGAGGAGUUCAGAAGGCAAGGCCAUUUAGUCAUCGACUUUCUUGCUGAUUAUUACAAGAGUGUUGAGAGAUAUCCUGUCCGCAGUCAAGUCGAGCCCGGCUAUCUCAAGAAACGAAUGCCCGACUCCGCUCCCUAUGACGCCGAGCCCAUUGAGGAUAUUCUUCGGGAUGUUCAGAAAGAUAUUGUUCCCGGCAUAACUCACUGGCAGAGUCCCAACUAUUUUGCGUAUUUCCCCGCCAGUGGUAGCAUUGCUGGAUUUCUUGGGGAAGUUCUUGGCACCGGGUUUAACAUUGUGGGAUUCAACUGGAUGUCGUCCCCCGCUGCCACGGAGCUGGAAACCAUCGUCAUGGAUUGGCUCGGUAAAAUGCUCAACCUUCCUUCUGAGUUUCUCUUCUCCGGCGGAGGUGGUGGUGUUUUGCAGGGUACCACCUGCGAGGCCAUAUUGUGCACGCUGGUGGCCGCCAGGGAUCAGAUGCUCAAAAAGAUCGGCAGGGAAAAUAUAAACAAGUUGGUUGUAUACGGGUCGGAUCAAACCCACUCCGCUUUGCAGAAGGCAGCUCAGAUUGCGGGCAUCAACCCCAGCAAUUUCCGUGCCGUCGCCACCACAAGGGCCGACGCAUUCGGGCUAACUGCUGAUGCCCUCCGCGCGACAAUUGAAUCAGAUGUUGAAUCCGGGCUGGUGCCGCUGUUCCUGUGCCCCACCAUCGGGACUACGUCGUCAACCGCGGUGGAUCCAUUGGGCCCGCUGUGCGAUGUGGCGGAGGAGUAUGGAAUCUGGGUGCACGUCGAUGCCGCGUACGCCGGAAGCAUUUGCAUUUGCCCCGAGUACCGCCAUUUCCUGGACGGCAUCGAGAAAGCGCACUCUUUCAGCUUCAACGCCCACAAAUGGUUCUUGACGACACUGGAUUGCUGCUGCCUCUGGGUUAAAGACCCCGGCGCCCUGAUCAAAGCUCUGUCGACAUAUCCAGAAUAUCUGAGAAACAAAGCCUCGGAGACAAAGCAGGUGGUGGACUACAAAGACUGGCAAAUUACUCUCAGCCGCCGCUUCCGGUCUCUGAAACUCUGGCUCGUUAUCCGCAGCUACGGCGUCGCAAAUCUCAGGAAAUUCCUGCGUAGUCACGUAAAAAUGGCGAAGAAUUUCGAAGGGCUGAUCGGAAUGGACAAGCGUUUCGAGGUGGUGGUGCCGAGAAACUUUGCCACCGUCUGCUUCCGCAUAUCGCCGAUCGAAAUCGGCGGAAACCAUCAGAUCGUGACAAAGGAGGACGCAGCCAAUAAUUUCAAUGCCAAGUUGCUGGAGUCCAUAAACGAAUCAGGCAAGAUUUACAUGACACACGCAGUGAUUGGGGGAGUUUAUGUGAUGCGAUUCGCUGUCGGGGCGAGCCUGACAGAAAACAAGCACGUCAUUUGGGCCUGGAAAGUGGUUCAGGAACAUGCAAAUGCCCUGCUAACCAGCUCCUAAUUUUACUACCACAAAUGUGAAUGUCAAUCCUGUCGAGAAAUUGGAAAUUCUGCCUGUUUUAGUUUGUGAAAUUCAAUAAUCAAAAUCUUCUUACAACAAUGUACGGUUUCUUGAUUUGUGGUGUAUAGAUGACCUUUCAUGUCAUAUUCCGGUCCGGUGGAACAGGGCAAAGAAAUGAAAAUGGAAACUCAUUGGUUAAA